UGGAGAAGCAGAAGAUCGUGUUGUGGCCGACAGUCCAGGCGCUAAGACAGCGCUGUUAUGAGAAUAGAAACCAGAGCUGAACUAUUAAAGAAAUGAAUGAUGGCCUGUUUCAAGUCCUGCACUUUCCUGCCCAGCUUAAAUAUGCUUCUGUAAACAAGCCAGGACAUUUCACCAAGUGGGACGUAGAACUUCUGAAACAGGUUAAACACAAAAAUAUGGCAUCCACAGGACUUUGUGGUACUCCGCAAACAUCAUCUGGUACCCUCCACAUGAACACAUCUCAUAGACAGUCACAGAAACGCUGCAAGGAGAGAAAUCACAACUGCUUGGAGUGUGGAAAGAAGUUUAAUCAUGAGAGUCAUCUCAAAAGACACCAGCGUGUUCACACAGGAGAGAAGCCGUAUCACUGCUCAGAGUGUGGGAAGAGGUUUACUCGACAGAGUACUCUCAAUGUACACCAGCUCAUUCACACUGGAAAAAAGCAAUAUUGCUGCUCAGAGUGCGGAAAAAGUUUCAAUCAUCAGAGUUAUCUUAAAAUACACCAGCGAAUUCACACUGGAGAAAAGCCAUAUCACUGCUCAGAGUGUGGGAACAGUUUUACUCAACAGAGUACUCUCAAAAUACACCAGCGCACUCACACAGGAGAGAAGCCGUAUCACUGCUCAGAGUGUGGGAAGAGUUUUAACCAGCAGAGUAAUCUCCAAGAACACCAACGCGUUCACACAGGAGAGAAACCAUAUUAUUGCUCAGAGUGUGGGAAGAGUUUUACUCAACAGACUAAUCUUAAAACACACCAGCGCAUUCAUGUAGGAGAGAAGCCGUAUCACUGCUCAGAGUGUGGGAAGAGUUUUACUGUCCAGAAUCAUCUUAAAACACACCAGCGCAUUCACACAAGAGAGAAGCUGUAUCUCUGCUCAGAGUGUGGGAAGAGUUUUACUCAACAGAGCCAUCUCCAACAACAUCAGCUCAUUCACACGGGAGAGAAGCCAUAUCACUGCUCAGAGUGUGGCAAGAGUUUUAGGUGUUCAAAAUCUGUGACUACACACAAGUGCACCAAAAGUGGUGGUGAAAACAUGCAGCAAUGGGUGUAAACAUUAACACAUUCCAGAAGUAAAAGUGUCCUGGAACUGGUGCUUCCAGCCCAGAAACCACAGGGGAAACCACAGAUUUUUGUUUUAAUCUGUUUCGAAAACAUGAGCAUACAAUAAAAUAUAGUUUCCUGUGCUGAACACCAUGUUUGCCCAUCAGCGCAUAUACCCAGUGAGGUGUGCUUCUUCAUAUUCUCCCCAAAAUGCUAAUUUCAUUUGUAAUAUAUGUUGAAAAGAAGUUCCACAUAUAUUUUUUCCUUUCUAUUUUAGUAUAACUAUGCUAAUCAAGUACUAAAUCAAAUCACAAACAUUUGACAGUGUGCUUGUCUCUUGUUGAGUUCCUCUUUUGCUUCCUUGAUUCUUACAUUAACGUUAACGUUUGUUGUUAUGAAGCUGCCAGUUUUGUCUUCCUUUUUAAUGUUUUCUGAAUGUUGUGUGUUAUGUGUUCAUGUUGAGGACUGUAAUGAAGAAGAUAUGACCCUGAAGACAACAACAGUGAUGUUUUUGCUGUGCUGGGCAGAAAUUCUGAUGUUAUUCCUCAGCUUUUAGGAUUUAAAAGAUUCUGGCGCUGCUUUCAGCUCUCUGGAGUAACUGUUCAUUUCAGUUCAGAUGCUCUAAAAUGAACACUUAUUCCAGUGAGCUGAGAGCACAUAUUCCCUACACGCAACCAACAGUUCCCUCUUUCUGUAUAGCUGUAUAACUCCUCAGAACCACAGUACUUAUUUAUACAUCUGUAGAAAUGUUUAUCAUCCUGUAAUGUACUGUAAAUAAAAGAUCUCGGCACAUAUACAUUCACAUAUUA